AUGCGUUUCUAUACGACGCCUGUCCAAAUCCGCGUCCUCUCGCAUGCGUCAACAAGUGCUCGGUCACCGGCUAAUCCCCGACUGAGGCUUAUCUCAAAGUCUAUUAAGCUACAACACAGCAGUCUGGGUAGCAAUAGCAACCAGACCGAACUCGAAUCCCUGAUCCGCAUCGUCGAUUUCAGCCAAACAAACCCGUAUCAGCCCAUUGUCUCUGAACCUUCCUCGUUGCAGCCGUUACUCAGUUGGUGCGGCCGCCCUGUGAAGUGUUUGGGCUCUCGCAAAUCCAAAGGCAUUGAUAAGAAACCAACCAUCCUGUUGUCCGACAUGACUGAUGUCGUUCCAUCUGCCGCGGCUCAGUCCGAUAUCAGACACGAGCUUGACGGAUGGCCUCGGAAGCCAAGCUAA